AUGGCAGAUAUACGUGAUGAACAUGGUAAUCCAAUUCAGCUUACAGAUGAACGUGGGAAACCUGUUCAACUAACUGACGAGUAUGGCAAUCCUAUCCAUCUUACUGGUGUCGUCACCAAUGCCGGCGGUGGAACUGGGGCUGUGCAUGCUGGAUCUGCCACCGAUAUUCUCCAUGGUGGUACUGGGGUCUGUAUCGGUGGCAAAAAAUAUGAUAAGCAGCACCACCACCAGCAGCAGGAGGAGCAAGAGCAACUUCACCGCUCCAGCAGUUCUAGCUCUAGCUCUAGCUCUAGCUCGUCGGAGGACGACGGGCAAGGUGGGAGGAGGAAGAAGGGAUUGAAAGCGAGAAUAAAGGAGAAAUUACCAGUUGGGAAGCACAGAGACAAGGAAGAAGCCGCACACAGCGCCACCACAACCCCGGUCGGCAGUGCAACUACUGCGCCGGAACACGAGAAGAAGGGUGUGAUGGAGAAGAUCAAGGAGAAACUACCUGGCCAUCACCAUAGUCACUAG